AUGCAUGUAGAUGGAUCCUGGUGUCCAGUCUGUGACAGGCAAAUCAUGCCUAAGCGAUACACAGUACCCGUCCUCCCACAAACUCAAGAACUCACGCCUGUCCCCACGCCAUCUCCAGCUUCGUCAUCUCGUAAGUCUUGUCAACUGUCAUCCGUCACUGCCACAAGUCAUUCAAAUGUUUUUUCUAGCAAUGGCCUUUUGCAAGGCACAGGUCGCGUCAAACCUAAUGGUGCAAUAAAGCGAUCAGACUCAGCCACAGCGGCAAACAAAGGGCGUGCCUCGUCACCUCAACCUCAACAACCCGUCGCACCUGUCAAGCACCGUACGAUCAUUGACCAGGGUCCAAUUCCUCUUUACUGCUCGGAUGAGUGUCGUCUCCAAGACUUGGCAAGACUAAAUGGCGCUUACCCACUCGAUUACCACCCUGAUCGCUCAUCACCACCUCUUCCUCGUGUACCUCAUAAUUCUUUCGAGAGGCGAUAUUGCGAAUCAGAAGACGAAUCCACCAGUGCUUCCGGAUCGUCACUUGAUUCAGGGUUUUCAUCUUCCCCACCAUUGGUCACCGUCUCUCGCAGUAUGGCUACCCUCGCCGCCUUGUACGAUUUCCCUCCCUUACCUCCUGCACCGCCUAUUUUGUCGCCGGUCGAUACCACCUCUGCAUCGGAGCUCGAGUAUCACAAUGAUUACCAGGGGGGAACAAUGAUGGCAAGCAAGCGCAUCAAGGAGGUAUUAUGCCCACCACGCCCAAAACCUUCGCUGUUUUACAGCGAACCGGCUCAACCUAGAAAAACAUCAGUGUAUGGUGGAUACCCCAAACACUCGGACACUGCAUCGGUUGGGUCUCAGAAACCCCAGACCUCAUUUGCAGCAUCAUCACAUCGUGGUGUUCAAUGGACUUCGACACUUUCCCAAUCAAACUCAUCUGGUGCUCUUGCCGCGCAGUGUCCUACCUCCAACCUACCUCCUCGUUCGAGUCAGUCGUACAGCGAAGAGUUGUAUACUAAAUAUUCCCUUCCUCUUUCUCGCCGAUCAGAGUCACGGAUGUCACUUUUCCCUCACUCGGCGUCUUCCUCCGCACAAUCUCCUCCGCUGUCUCCUACUUCCACAUCUUCGUCCGGUCGUCGUCGUCGUGAAGGUCCUCUACUCAAACGAGGCGCGGAGGGUCGUUUACUCGUUCCUGACGUUAUACUCACUCGAAACAACUCGAGCAUGGGUCUGUUGUCGCAGCGUCUUGCGAAACCUUUGAAGCGGCACCCCAGCGAAGUUAGCGAAGACAGUAUCUUGAGUGAUACUACAUCUGAAUCGCUUGGUUCCUCGUCCCGACGUGCACCACAAACUCGCACAUGGUCAUACGAUAACAUCAAGACUUACCCUGUGAUGAUGCCUCCUGCAAAGAAGGAGAAACGCAUCGAGCAGCGCAUGGUUGAUGGCGAAGUCAAGGAGGUCGAAGUUGAGGUUGAAGUUGUCCAAACCUUGAAGCGCCUCUUCCUGUUCCCUGGCAAGGAAGCAAUCCAUGUAGGACGAUCCUAA